UCCAAUAUUGAAAACCAAAAGUCCCUUCCAAAACUCUCAACCUCUUUUUCCCCCUCUGGAAAAUGGCAAUCCACCAGCUAAAUCUAGCCCAUGAAAAUGAUCAACUGAAAUCCCUCAAAUUCCAAGGUUACAAUCAAAAGGGAAAUGGGAUAUCCUUUUGGGCUUUCCUUUUCUCCAUUUUCAUUUUCAUUUCUGUCUUCUACAUCUUCAACCUCUCCCCUUCUUCCCUCCUCAACACCACCAAAUUCUGGUUCUUCAUUUCCAACACUCUGAUUCUCAUCAUUGCUGCUGAUUUUGGUGCAUCGAAAAAACAAGCCCAAGUCUACGAUGAAUACGUCGAGAAAAGCGGGGGCAAUAUUAGCUUUCCAUCGUUCCAAUCUCGAUACCCGGAAAGGGAAAUUGUUAAAACAAGCAUUCCACCUCAAAAAGUGAAGAAUUUCCAGGAAACUCAAGAAGAAGUAAAAGAAGAUGUUGUUCGUGAGAGCGAAUCCACGGUAAAUGAAAUGCAAGUUGUUGUAAAAGAUGAUGUAAAAGAAUCAACAGAGGAAUCCCAAGGGAAGAUGGUGGAAUUCCCUCCAAAUGUUGCUAAUGAAGCUCAUGAGGAGGAAAAGGAAAGCGAAACAAGCAUUGGAUAUGAGCCAGAUGGAGAAGAAGAAGAAGAAGAAGUAGAGGAGGAAGAACAAGAACAAGAAAAUGAGUAUUCAAAAUUGUCAAAUGAAGAAUUGAACAGAAGAGUUGAGGAGUUCAUUCAAAGAUUUAACAGGCAAAUUCGGCUUCAAGCAGCUCAAAACAGAACCCAGCAAAUGCAGAGAGGAAAUUUUGUCCACCAGACCUCAUUGGUAAAAUGAAGAGAGAGGAAUUUCCGACGUACCAAAAAAAAUGGAGAGAGAGAGAGAGAGAAGAAAUUGUCGGAAAUUUUCAUUUCUUAUGUUAUUGUUAAUUGUUACUUGUGUUUGUGUUUGUUCCCCUUCUAUCUAUCUAUAGUGAGUUG